UGAACUUCAAAACGAACUGGAAGUUCUUUCAUUUUACCUCAACGCCGAAAAUUAUUGGCUUAAUUUUGCUGUGAUAUCGAUAGAUGGACCAAAACAUCUACUUUACCUUGUUGUCCUGCUCCGUAGGAUGCUGUUCGCCCGACAGGCAGCUGUAAAGCUAUGGUUCGGUUCUAGUGAACUGGAGCGCAGCCGUUAAACGGAGCUCAGUGUUUUUAUGCGAGAAGAAGCUAAGCUGCUAACAGCUCUGGAGCAGCUAGCUUCAUGUUGUUUAUCCACCGGACUCCUGCUGUCUGACGCCCAUCUGGAUCAUCCGUAAACACUGAAGCUAAUCUGUCGAAGCAGAGGAAGACAGUGGAAGUUGGUGGGAUCCUAACAACCUUUGUCUCUAUCAACCUUGGAGAUGAUGUCACAACAACCACCAAUCCCAAAUGCCGGUAUUCCUGCUCAUCUUGCUCCGAACUCCUCUGCUCAGCAGGCUCAGUCCCAACUACAGCCUAACCGGGUGGACUCCAGUCAGAGCCGGGCAAACGUCGGGCCUCUGGAACACAGAGCUUUGAUAAACAGACGGGGCUGCCGCAGUUUGGCUGCUACCAGCGGGGACACAACUAACAGAAACAUUUCUACUCGCUCCACAAACUCAAGCUCUUCCAGAGAAGACUGGGGCUUUGAGCCUUGGCCUGAGGAAGUGAUAGACAACUCCCAUGGUCUGUACUCCCUUCAUCGCAUGUUUGACAUAGUCGGAGCCCAGCUAACGCACAGGGAUGUCAGGGUGCUGUCGUUCCUGUUUGUUGACGUGAUUGACGAGUAUGAGCGUGGUGGUAUCAGGAGUGGAAGAGAUUUCCUGCUCGCAUUGGAACGCCAGGGCCGAUGUGAUGAGACGAACUUCCGACAUGUUCUUCAGCUUCUAAGGAUUAUCACCCGCCACGACCUCCUGCCUUACGUCACCCUCAGGAAACGGCAGACUGUGUGCCCAGAUCCUGUCGACAAGUACCUGGAGGAAACAUCUGUGCGAUACAUUUCACCAAGAGGAACAGAGCUGUGUAAGGAAGCUGUAGCUCACAGAAGAACAGGUCCACACCCAUUCCUGUGUUGCUCCUCUUCAGGACCACAUGUUGGCUCUCCCCGAACUAAGCCGAGCCCCCCUGCCCCGCACCGCAAACGAAAGAGAAGUAAUUCAUCCGCUGACUGCAAAGAAAAGCAAACUUGUGAUAUCCGUCUUCGAGUUCGUGCAGAAUAUUGCCAGCACGAGUCUGCCCUUCAAGGAAACAUCUUCUCCAACAAGCAGGAGGCGGUGGAGCGACAGUUUGAGCGCUUCAACCAGGCCAACACUAUCCUCAAAUCCAGAGACUUGGGUUCCAUCAUCUGUGACAUCAAGUUCUCAGAGCUCACCUAUUUGGACGCCUUCUGGAGGGACUACAUCAACGGGUCGUUGCUGGAGGCUCUUAAAGGGGUCUUCAUCACGGACUCCCUUAAACAAGCUGUGGGCCACGAGGCUAUAAAACUUCUAGUCAAUGUUGACGAGGAGGACUACCUGGCCGGUCGAUGCAAACUGCUCCGGAAUCUGGUUGCAAGUGGGGGAAGUCUACGCGUAGGGAACCGGGACGCCGUGUCCUAGAUGGGCGCCACGAACAGUAGCGUAUUGGAGUAGUACUGUUGUUCUUCCUGCUUAAAGAAUAGCGUGAGAUGUGGUUGUAUUCUUCGAUGUGUGAGCUUGAAAGGAACUUGAGAACCUCAAGCCCAUUUAUUCCUAAAGAGUUAAUGUUGUUGGACAUCUACUCGGCACCCCUAAGCAUAGCAUGCGAGGACAUCUGGAACAGAACUGUCCAGGUGUUGCACACAGGCAUUAGUCUGGAUGUAGAUUAUUUCAGUUCAAGUAUGGAAAGGGAAUAAUGUGUGCAUUAAACUUAUGUCCUCAUUGUUGUACGUUUGACCUUUCAACCUGUUUUCUUAACGUUGUUGAUGACGGGCCCCCACCCAGCCCCCCAACUCAAAGUGAAGUUCUUCACAACAAGUUACUCAUUAUUAACCAGUUUCCCUCAUUAGAAGUUGGAUUUUAACUGGGUUUCCACAUCAUGGAUUAUUUUACCCACUUAUUGCAGGCACAGCCCAGCUGGCUCACGGCGUCUCAGUCAACCUUUGCUGCUUGAAUACAGAUUGAAUUUGAAACUGUACUUGUCCAAACACUACCCAUAUUUAGACCCGUUAUUCUGCGGGUCUGAUGUAAAUGACUGAUCACAUUGGUGCAUUUUCAACCACUGUGUCUUUGAUUGAAACAAUAGGAAUUAACUCCUCAUCCUGGUGUAGCAAGUCUGUCACUGAUAUUCUUUUAUUUUUUUUAAUUAUAAAAUGUUGGACAUUUUUAGCCUGUACUUCAUCCCUCGUUCUGCCGUUCAUGUUACACAGAUUUGUUUUUUUUUUUAAAUUGAAACUACACUUAAAAAAUAAAUGAAGGCAAAAUUUCUGUCUCACA